AUGGCCUCGGGAGUACUUAACCAGCAUGUGACCGAGUCACUGAAUGACAGUAACUUUUGUGACGACAUUUCAACAGAGGAAAAGGAACCGCCACUUCAAAGUUACCUUAUUCUAACUAUGUUUACCUGUUUUUGUCCUGCUUAUCCUGUCAACAUUGUUGCUUUGGUCUACUCUGUCAUGUCUAGGAACAGCUAUUAUAAUGGUGACUAUGAUGGCUCAAGGCGAUUGGGCAAGAAUGCUCUCUAUGUCGCCAUUGCUUCCAUUUUCAUUGGCCUACUCGUCAUCGCUAUCAUCUGUAUUGUGCAUUUCACCACUGUAAGAAUUUUACUUUACUGA